AUGCUCGAAGCAUUAGCUGCUCCUUCUUCGUAUGGCGCUAGCACCCAUGGUUCUGGGCUUAUCGUUGAGACAUCUUCGGGUUCAAUCCAUGGCUUCAUCAAUCGUACCGCGCCUGAUGUCCGCCAAUUCCUCGGUGUCCCAUUUGCGGAACCACCCGUCGACAAUCUACGGUUUGCCAAACCAGAGAAGAAGAAACCAAACGGCAUUGUCAAGGCCUUCAAUCUUCCCAACUCAUGCAUGCAGCAGUUCAACACGAAUAGUUCCACAAUCUACACUACAUACGAAAAGGGUUUCUUGAUCAGCGGUGGCAAUUCCGAGGACUGUCUUUACCUCUCAAUAUGGGCACCCAAGCUUGAGAAUAUUCAGUUGCAGCAGCGGCCAUUGCCAGUUCUGCUCUACAUUCCGGGCGGUGGCUUUACAAGUGGGGGUCAAGCUUCAUUGUAUAAGAUCCCCGAUAAAUGGGUGCAACGAACACAGUCUCAUAUAGUCGUAAUUAUGAACUAUCGCGUAAAUGUCUUCGGCUUCCCAAACGCAAAGGGUCUCGAUGACCAGAACUUGGGGUUCUUGGAUCAAAGACUAGCUGUUGAAUGGGUACAUGACAACAUCGCCAAUUUUGGCGGCGAUCCGGACAGAAUCGUUCUGUGGGGACAGUCUGCUGGUGCAGGCAGUGUCACUGUUUAUCCUUAUGGAUACCCCGACAAUCCCAUCGUGGCAGGACUCAUCGCAGACUCAGGUGGCCCUGGCAUCGUUGGGGGAAGUGAUUCGGCGCAGACAAACUUCACAUAUCUUGCGGGACUUGUCGGGUGUAAGAAUCUUGGACCUGGUGAUGAGAUCGCUUGUGUCAGGAAAGUCCCAGCUCAAGAUUUGGAGAACGCUUUAUCGUGGUAUUCUGGGAAUAACACAAGUCCAUCAAUCUCGUUCAAACCCAUCGUCGAUGACAAGACUGCGUUCUCCAAUUGGACUCAGAGGGUGUUGGAAGGAAAGAUUGCCAAAAUUCCUCUGAUAAUAGGUAGCAACACAAACGAAGGAGCCGGCUUCGUCUCCUUUACGCCCAAUGGACCUGGGCAAGCAGCGCUGGACAAGGCGACAAAAAUCAUCAGCUGUCCUGUCGCAGCAGAAGUGAAGAACCGUAACGCUGGGGAUCUCCCAACGUACCGAUAUCAGUACGCUGGUAACUUCUCUAAUAUCUCACCCCUGCCUUGGUUUGGCGCCUAUCACAGUGCCGAACUACCUUUGCUCUUCGGAACCCACUCUGAAUACGGAGGCGCCUCAACAAGCUUUGAAUGGAAUGUUAGCUACGCGAUGGAAGCUUUGUGGCUCAGCUUCGCCGAGGAUCCAACUCGAGGGCCUGUGCGACUUGCCAUUGGAGAUGGUGUUGCUGAAAAUCCCACCAAAACUAGCUUUUUCGCAUGGCCUCAGUUCCAGCAAGGGUCCUCUAACAUGCUGUUGUUUGCCGAACAGAACAAAGUCAUGCAACUUGUAUCUUCAAAGAAUAUUGAUGAUGGAUGCUCUAGCUCUUAA